AUGGCCCCUGCUAUUGAUGUUAUCCACGAUGAAACAGCGUUUUUGAAUGAUGUUGUUAAAAGUCAUGAAUUUGUUGGUGACAGAAUCAAGCCAAUAGCUGGUUUCGAGGCCGGUGGGUCUUUGCAAGAAUCACUGGCUACCACUGCUUUAUCCAGAAAGCUCGUUGGUGAAGCUCUUGUGGAGCAGAUUGGAGGAAUCGACCAUGAAGUGUGUGAUGCUGGUGACGAGGAUUCCUUCUUUGUUGCUGACUUGGGUGAGGUGUAUCGCUCCAUGAAGAUUUGGAAGCAACAAUUGCCUAAUGUAUUGCCUCAUUAUGCCGUGAAAUGCAACACUGAUCACGCUGUAAUCAAGUUGCUUGGCACUUUAGGUGCGAACUUUGACUGUGCUUCCAAAAAGGAGAUUGACACUAUUUUGAGCUUGGGUUUCGAUGGGUCACGGAUCGUUUACGCAAAUCCUUGCAAGACGAACUCUUUUAUUCGUCACGCAAAGGAGUGUGACGUGAACUUGACCACGGUUGAUAAUGCACAAGAGUUGCACAAGUUGAAGAGACACCACCCAGAGUGCGAGGUGUUGAUUAGAAUUGCCACCGAUGACGAGUCUGCUCAAUGCAGAUUGUCAACCAAGUUUGGCUGCUCGGUGAGCGCUGCCAUUGACGAAUUGUUGCCCUUGUGCCACGAAUUGGGAAUCAAAGCCGUUGGUGUGGCUUUCCAUGUUGGAUCUGGUGCUAAGGACUUUGAUUCGAUCUACAAAGCCAUCAAGGACUCUCGUGCCGUAUUUGACAAGGCACAGGAAAUGGGCGCUCCCAUGAGAGUAUUGGAUAUUGGUGGUGGCUUCGAAAGGGAGACUUUUGGAGAAUCGUCCGCCAUGGUUCGUUACUCAUUGGGCAAGUACUUCCCGGAAACGUACACCGAGCAGUUUGGUGUAAAAUUCAUUGCUGAACCUGGAAGAUUCAUGGUUGCCAAUGCUUUCACGUUGGCUUCGCAUGUCAUAGCUCGCAGAGACUUGGGCAAGGAACAGUACGACAUGGAGGCGAUGAUUUACAUCAACGAUGGCGUGUAUGGCAACAUGAACUGUAUUCUAUUUGACCACCAGCACCCAGAAGCACAUGUGUUGAAACACAAGGGCAAAAUCUACUACGAUGGCAUGUCGGCGGAUGACGAGGACACGGACAUCCAGGGCACGAUCCGCCGGUACGCCUUCCUGAUUUGGGGUCCCACCUGCGACGGGUUGGACUGUAUUUCCACGAGAAGCGAAUUCCCAACCAACAUUGACGUUGGCGACUGGUUAUACUUCCCCAACUUGGGUGCCUACACACUGGCAGCCACCACGUCGUUCAACGGACUCGGUGGCCUGGCCACGGUGAAGUAUGUUUCUUCGGCCCCCGAGGUUCGCUUGUGA